AUGGCCGCCAGCAGACGACAGCGAACCAGAGACGAAAGACGAUUAAAACAGGCACUGCCCCUGUUGGCGUGCUUCGGGUGCCUGGCGCAAACAGGCACAGGCUUCGUCGGCCAUGUGCCUCGAGCACCGAGCGUCGUCACAACAACAACAGCUGCUGCAACUUCCGUGCAUCAACAUGACCGUCGAUCAUGGGAGACGACCACGGCAGCAGCAGGGAGGUCCAGUAGUGGCUGGAGGCUGCAGGGGAGAGCUAGGGCCGGUGGUGUAUCCGCUGCUGCUGAUGCUGCUGGUUCUGCUGCGAGGGGCUCCCCCUUCGGGGCACGCCGACCGCCCCCUAGUUCAAUGAGCAAGAUAGUUGGGGGCGGCGCCGCUGGGCGGAGGUCAUCAACAGCGAUCAGUGCUGCCGCUGCUGACAGCAGCAGCAGCAGCAGCAGUAGCGGCGGUGGUGUCGAGGUGGCCCCGGAAAAGCCGAGACGCAGGAGGGGGCUGGGCAGAAAAACGCUGGCAGCGGCGGCGAAGCGAAGUUGCACGCCUGUGCCAGAGUCGACGAAGGUUGCGUCGUACGAGAUAGCACAGGCAGCCUCGGCAGGGCGUCAGGCGGCGAUCGAGGCGAUGGAGAGGGAGGAAGCGGACCGGAACGCCCUCAACGCUUUGGCAGGCGAGCAGCGGAAGGAGUUGCGGGCUAGCGUGGCGCGGGGGGACGGGCCGACGGUGCUCGUGUCAAGGGAGGGAUUCGUCCCGCUGGAGCAGCAGCAGUUGCAGCAGCAGCAGCAGGAGGAGGAGCAGCAGGAGCGGGAGCAGGCGGAGAAGGCGCGGUUAGAGAAGGAGAGAGAGGAGGAGGAAGAGGAGGAGGAGGAAGAGGAGGACGAGGAAGACGAGGACGAGGAAGAUGAUGAUGAAGAAGAGGAUGAGGAGGAUGAGGAGGGAGAGGAGCCCAGGGCCAAGAAGAGCAAGAAGAAGUCCAAGGAGGAGCUCGAUAAGGAAGAGGCCCGCCAGGAUGCGCUGUCUGCCAACAUCCAGAAACAAGGGUUGAAGGUGGGAGCCUUCGGCAAGGAGAGGAUAGUGUACCACCACGACUACAUGGUGCACGAGGACCUCGGGUUCUGCCGCUACCUGGCCCCCGAGUUUACGCCUGAUGCCAACCCGGAUGAGAUUUUGCUGGAGUUCUCGGACAUGAAUCUCCCAAUAGCAAAGGACCAGUCGUACCUAUUGACGCGGUACAGAGCGGCAGACGCGGCUCGGGUGCCGUUGUCCGUGGUGUCUGACCAGAACAGCUGGCUGCGACACAAGCUCAAGGUGCAAGAGAGAGUCACGAAGCAGGCCGUGAACGUGAUGGACCUUUACGCCAAGCGCGCGAGGGUAGAGCGAGACCCCUGCAAGCCGGACGGGCCGGAGAUGGACGAGUUCUGCAAGGGCUUCGACCACCAACCGACAAAGGAUCAGCUCCGGUGCCUGACGGAGAUCGAGAAUGACAUGAUCUGGAGGAAGAUCCCCAUGGACAGACUGCUGUGCGGCGACGUGGGUUUCGGAAAGACCGAGGUGGCUCUCCGCGCCAUGUUCAGGAUGGUCCGGCACAACAAACAGGUGGCGCUUUUGGCGCCAACGACGAUCCUGGCCGCCCAACACUACAGGACCCUUCUAAAGAGAAUGCCCGCGGAUGUUAACGUGGCGCUCUUGAGAGGGGGCAACUCGAUGGGCAGCAGGGGCAUCAAGGAGGCCAUCCGAAAUGAAACCGUCCGCGUGGUUGUCGGGACGCAUUCGCUUCUCAGCCGGAAGGUGGAGUUCCCGAACCUGGGGCUGCUGGUCAUCGACGAGGAGCAGAAGUUCGGCGUGAACCAGAAGGAAAAGCUCAAGGUCUUGACCACGGGCGUGGACGUUCUGACGCUGACGGCGACGCCGAUUCCGCGGACCCUCCACAUGUCCCUCACCGGCAUCCGGGACCUUAGUACCAUCUUCAGUCCCCCCGCCAACCGUCAGAACGUGACGACGUACAUCAUGAAAGGGACCGACGAGAUCGUGCAGCGAGCUCUCACUCGGGAGAUGAGUCGAGGGGGUCAGGUGUUUUACGUGGUUCCGAGGAUCAACCAAAUAGAGGACGCUUGGCUACAGAUUAGCCGGUGUGUUCCAAACGCCAGGGUGGCGGUUGGGCACUCUAAGAUCAAGAACCUCGAGGAUGUGGUGCUGCAAUUCACGCUGGGCAGAGGAGACAUCCUGCUGGCGACCUCCAUCAUCGAGAAUGGUAUCGAUAUGCCGAACGUUAAUUCCAUCGUGGUACAGGACUCCCACAUGUUCGGGCUGUCUCAGCUGUACCAGAUGCGCGGUAGGGUCGGGCGGUCAGACGUUGCGGCCUACACGUACCUUCUCUACCCCCCAGGUCACCAGCUCAGCAACGAGGCCAAGCGGCGACUCAAGGCGAUGCGAGAGCUUAGCCACCUGGGGUCCGGGUUCGAGCUUGCCAACCGAGACCUGGAAAUCCGAGGAGCGGGAAACAUCUUCGGAACGGACCAGUCGGGGGACCUGAAAGACAUCGGGUACGAGCUGUACAUGAACAUGCUGGAGAAGGCGAUCGUGUCUGUGAGAGGGACGGACAUCCAGCCCGUGCUACGCUGCGAGGUGGACAUGGGGUUCGGGGAUGAGCUUAAGGGCUCGGUCCCGGCGGACUACAUGACUUGCGACGACGAAGAGCGAGAGCGGCAGAUCGACCGCCUCCGAGUGUGCAACUCCUUCCGAGAACUCGUGCGCAUCGCCAAGGAGUGGGUCAACUCGUACUCGGAGAUGCCGGUAGCCGUCCGCCGGCUCUUCAAGCACACCCACCUCAACACCGCCUGCCGGCUGCUGGGCAUCUCCUCGCUGUCCCUUGAGUUCCUCCCCGAGCGCGACGCCUCCCUCGGGGAGGCCGACGCCGCCGGGGAAGGGGGAGGCGACGCGGUUAACGGGGGGGCGGGGUGGACCGGGGCCGGCGCGAAGAAGCCGAUGGUGGAGGACCUGGAGGCGGCGCGGGAGUCACACGCCGCGCAAGACCGAGAAGCCAGUGGCGGCGGGGGCUCCGCGGCUGCAGGUGUGGGGGGGUCCGCAGCAGCGUCGAGCGAGGGGGGGGGCGUGGCGACGGUGAACGGGCGCCCGAGCGGGGGCGGGACUCCGAAGCAGGUGGUGGCUGUCGACGCGGCGGCAGCAGCGGCGGCGGCGGCGGCGCCGGGGGGCGUCAAGUCGGGGGAUCCGGUGAAGCUGGUACCGUUCGCGGUCAUGAGGGGGCCGGAAGUGGAGCAGGAGCGGUGGGAGAUCUUGUUCCGGCAAGGACCGUUGGAGUACUCCCAACUGCAGCGCAUGAGCUUCCGCGGGGAUGUGGGCGGGGUAGCGCUACGGGGAGUUGCAGGAGAAGAAGAGGCAUGGUUGAAAGGGGACAGAGAAGAGUGGCUGGACCAUUUGUUGUCGGUCCUGCUACCGCUGGUGGAGUACGUCGAGACGAAGCAGAGCUUGCAGAUGAAGAGCACGAGAGCACCGCCACCAAAAUUCGUAGCCUGAUACUGCUGUAGGGGGUCGCGCGAGGUAUAUGUAUUUUUUCUCUCAUCGCUUUGCUUUUUUUUUUUUCGGUAGGCUUGCGUUUCUUUUCUUUUUUGCCCUCAUCGGGAGAGAAACGUUCGGUCGGGUGAGGUCACGAGUCUUUUAUUGAUUUUAGAUGGAUUGGUACCCUGCUGCGGCUGCGGCUGCGGCUGCGGCUGCGACUGCUGCUUGAAUUGUGGCUGUACGCAUGUACCAGCGACGGAUUUCUUGCUAAAUUGAUCAUGUGACGUGACACGGCGUAAAUUGCGUUUCGUAGAGACGACGGCGCCGUGCGGCAGUAUAUACUCCGUGAGGGUGUUGCGAGACGCCGUCGCGAUCGCCAUUGCACACACGUGUCAAGUGCUCGUAUUUUGGGGGGAAAAAAAAAUCAAGACGAACCAAUAAUCCUUCUG